AUGGCAACCACAACUCUUACCCAAGUUGAACUUCAAUCUUUUCCCAAUAUUUCUUCCCCUUGGGUUCCCAAUACCGGAAUUGUACAAAGCGAAUCGGAUCCAGAAGAUAUCAGACAAGAUACGACUCCACCAAAUAAUGCUGUAGAGGCUUUACAGAAAUGGAAUUAUCCUCCCAAGAAUGUAUAUCGAGUGGGAGCUUCAUUUUGGGGUUUCUUUCUCAUGGGUAUGAAUGAUGGUUCUUAUGGUGCUUUAAUCCCAUACCUGGAACAAUACUACAGCCUAUCGUACACCGUCAUUUCCCUGAUAUUCCUUUCCCCUUUUGCAGGUUACACAUUCGCCUCCUUGAUCAAUGACACCGUCCACGUGAAAUUUGGUCAGAGAGGUGUAGCUGUCAUCGCAGGGCUAUGUCAUCUCAUCGCCUAUAUAGUAAUUUCACUUCAUCCCCCCUAUCCAGCUCUCGUCGUCAUGUAUGUCUUCGUAGGAAUGGGUAACGGACUUGUCGAUGCGGCUUGGUGCGCUUGGCUUGGUAACAUGGUUAGUGCGAAUCAGGUGCAGGGAUUCUUGCAGGCUUGUUACUCUUUUGGCGGAACAAUAGCACCUUUGAUUGCUGCGGGAAUGCUGGCCAAGACGGGGUUAGAGUGGUAUUAUUUUUAUUAUAUCAUGACAGCAGUAGCAGCCACCGAGCUCAUUACUUCGACAUGGGCAUUCUGGGCUCAAACAGGUCAUGUUUACGCAACGGAGAAUCCUCGAGAUGUGAACGCUAAGACUGGAAGACUUCGACAAGCUUUAAGUAACAAAUUGACUUGGAUCUUCGCGGCUUUCAUCUUUGGUUAUGUAGGAGCUGAAGUAUCACUAGGCGGUUGGAUCGUAACCUUCAUGACCCAAGUGCGCUCCGGUACAACCUUUUCUUCCUCUCUCACCUCAACCGGUUUCUGGGCCGGCAUGACAGUUGGCCGCAUGGGUCUCGCUUUCCUGACCGCGUGGCUAGGCGAAUUCACAUCUGUCCUCGUUUAUCUUGGGAUUUGCAUAGCUCUUGAACUUCUCUUCUGGCUCAUCCCCUCCUUCUACGUCUCCGCAGUUGCAAUAGCAUUCUUGGGCAUGUUCCUUGGUCCUUUAUUCCCAACAGCUAUUGUAUUAGUUACGAAGCUUAUUCCGAAGGAGUUACAUGUUGGGAGUAUUGGGUUCGCAACUGCAUUUGGAGGAAGUGGAGGGGCGGUAUUUCCUUUUAUUGUGGGAGCGCUUGCCCAGGCAAAGGGGGUAAAGGCGUUGCAACCAGUUGUUCUGGCGCUUUUGGUGACGAUCUCGGGAUUGUGGAUGUUGGUUCCGAGAAAGGGAAAGAGAGACGAGGAGGUUGCGAGAGUGAGAUGGGAGGGAGUUGUGGGGGCGAAUUGA